AUGGCAACGGUACUAAGGAACAUCUUUGCAUUAGCUCUAGUUUUUUAUGUUCUUACAAUAUGUAAGAGUUCUAUGGUAACGCUUAAUGAUGGAGGUUAUGAAGAUAUUGUUAUUGCAAUUAAUCCUCGUAUAGGGGAAGAUCUAAAUAUUAUUGAGAAGAUUAAGGAUAUGGUAAAAGAAGCCACAGGCUAUUUAUUUCAUGCUACAAAGAAAAGACUCUACAUACGUAAUGUGAAAAUUUUAAUUCCCUCUUCAUGGACUGGAAAUAACUACACAAAGCCUAAAACAGAAACAUAUGAUAAGGCAGAUAUUAAAAUCGCAAAUCCUUCUCUAAAAUAUGGAAAUGACCCAUAUACUCAGCAAUAUAGAGGAUGUGGAGAACAAGGCGAAUUCAUACAUUUUACUCCUGACUUCAUGACUGAUGAUAAACUUUUAUCAGUCUAUGGGCCUCGAGGUAGACUGUUUGUGCAUGAAUGGGCUCAUCUCCGAUGGGGCGUCUUUGAUGAAUACAGUUUAGACAAACCCUAUUACAUUGCAUCAAAUUUGAAGGUUGAAGCCACAAGGUGCUCGGUUGAUAUUUUUGGUAAAAACACAGUACAGAUAUGUAAAGGAAGCGUAUGUACCAUUAGAGAAUGUGAUUUUAAUCCUGACAAUGGCCUUUAUGAAGACGGUUGUGUUUUUGUGCCUGACAAGUCGCAGUUUGUUACAGAAUCUAUAAUGUACAAUCAAGCACUACCUGAUGUAACUGAAUUCUGUGAUGCAAGUAACCAUAACACUGAGGCUCCAAACCUGCAAAACGAAAAAUGUAGAUACAGAAGCACAUGGGAUAUCAUCAUGAACUCCACCGAUAUAAUUUCCACUCCUCCAAGACCUGAAUUCAGCAUUCCUGAUCCGACCUUCACUCUGCUGCAGCCCUCAGAAAGAAUACUGACUUUAGUGCUCGAUGUCUCCGGAAGUAUGGGAUCUUAUGGGCGUAUUCAGCGGUUGUACCAGGCGGCAGAUGUUUUCCUUAUUCAAAUCAUUGAGACAAAUUCUUUUGUUGGAAUGGUCAAGUUUUCAAGUACUGCUUCAGUCAGUUCACAAUUAGUCCAAAUAAGAAGUGAUGUAGAACGCAAGCAGCUGAAAGGUCUACUUCCAACAACAGCAAGUGGAGGAACACAUAUAUGUGCAGGGAUCCUGGCUGGUAUUCAGGUAAAUAAAGGAAACUCUGGUUCAGCAGCUGGCACUGAAAUACUAUUACUAUCAGAUGGAGAAGACAAUUAUGAUACCAGACUUUGUUUCUCUGAAAUAAUUAACAGUGGAGCAGUUAUUCAUGUAAUAUUCCUGGGAUUAGCUGAAGAACCAAACCUUAAAGAAAUUGCAAAAGAUACAGGUGGAAAUACAUUUUUAGCCACAGAUACAGUGGAUACAAAUGGUUUGAUUGAUGCAUUCAGUGCAAUUUCAGCUGGAAAUGGAGAUGUUACCCAGCAGGCCAUUCAGCUGGAAAGUGCUGGCUUAAGCCUUAAAUCAAAAGAGUAUUUGAAUGGCACAGUAUACAUUGAUAACUCAAUUGGGAAUGAAACAUUUUUUUUAGUCACUUGGCAAACUGCAGUAGCAAGUAUUACUUUACGAGAUCCAAAAGGAAAGGUGUAUACUGCCGCACAAUUCGUCCAUGACAGCACUGCUAAAUCAUCAAGGCUCGCAAUCCCAGGAACAGCAGAGAGAGGUCCCUGGGAAUACAGUAUUGGCAACACAGCUGCAACAGUUCAAGUCUUAGGUAUAGUGGUGAAUUCCAAAGCUGUAGAUGAAAAUGUUCCUCCAGUUGUUGUAGAUGCUCACAUGAGCCAAGACACAAACAAAUACCCAAACCCAAUGAUUAUCUAUGCCUCAGUGAAUCAAGGCCUGACACCUGUCAUGGGAGCAAAAGUUACAGCGAUAGUUGAACCAGUGAGUGGACCCUUAAUCACCUUAGAGCUUCUGGAUAAUGGAGCAGGUCCUGAUAUUGUUAAGGAUGAUGGUAUCUAUUCAAAAUACUUCAUAGAAUUCUCGGCAAAUGGAAGAUAUGCUUUAAAAGUACGUGUUGAAAGUAACAAGGGUAAAAGCCGUUUGGUACAGCCCAGUAAUCGUGCCCUAUACGUUCCAGGUUUUAUAGUAAAUGGAUCUAUUACCAUGAACCCUCCACGUCCGGAAAUUAAUUAUGAAGAUCUUAACUUGGGAGACUUCAGUAGGACAGCUUCAGGUGGUUCUUUUGUGGUAUCUAAUGUCCCUGCAGGAAAUCAACCAGAUAUCUAUAAACCAGAGAAAAUAACUGACUUAAAGGCAGAGAUAAAAAAUGAAAGCAUUGUGUUAUCCUGGACUGCAACCGGUGAUGAUCUGGACCAGGGAAGUGCUUCAAGCUAUGAUUUAAGAAUGAGCACCAAACACAUUGACCUCCAAAACAACUUUGAUGGAUCAACUCCAAUCAAUGUCUCCCACAUCACUCCAUUGCCUGCUGGAUCCAGAGAAGCAUUCACAUUUGUACCGGAAAAUAUUGUUAUUCAAAAUGGCACUAUCCUGUAUUUUGCUAUAAUUGCUAUUGAUAAAGUGUCCCAUAAAUCAGAUGUAUCGAACAUAGCCCAAGCAGCUCUCCUACUUCCUCCAACACCGGCUCCCACAACACCAGCUCCCACAACUAUCUCACCUCAGCAUACAACUCUCGCAUCUAGAACAGAUUUCCCUGCUAAUAAGAGUACAGAGAAUAUUAACAUAACAGAGGUGACACUGAUUGUGUGUUCAGCUGUAAUUGCUAUUUGCAUUAUAAUAAGUAUUACAGUCUGUAUUGUGAGCUGUCAGAAGAAGAAAAAGAACCCAGCAACAAGAGUGUGA